UCCCUCAGCUGAGACAUGUACUCUGGUGCCGCGUUCUUUUUUUUUCCUCUCUCUCUUUUUUACGUUUUCUUCUUGUUGUUUUUCUUUUUAAAUGUGUAAAGUGAAGAGUUCCUCUUCCCCCCUCUCCCUUUCCACUCCAAAGAACCAACCGCCAGUUAAUUAAACGCUGGAAUUGUUGCUACUUUGCCAGAGGGGAGAGUGAACCUGUGCCUGCAUGUGUGCAUGUGUAAAAUAGAUACAAAAAUGUCAAUGAACAGCAGGAAAAGUUCUGGGAGACCGUCUUACUACUAUCGACUGCUCCGGAGGUCACGACUUCAGAGACAGCGAAGCAGAUCCCGGAGCCGCAACAGGCCGCUUAGUAGGGAGUCCCCCCCGGAGAGGUGUGGGCAGAGGCGCAGCAUGCCCAGCGGGGUCACAGAGAAGAACCCCACCAUGGAGCCUGCUGCCACAACGCCCUUCCGGGUCACGGGGUUCCUCAGCCGUCGGCUUAAGGGCUCCAUCAAAAGGACAAAGAGCCAACCGAAGCUCGACAGGAACAGCAGCUUCCGGCACAUUUUACCUGGCUUCAGGAGUGUGGACAAUGAAAGAUCCCAUCUAAUGCCGAGGCUGAAAGAAUCGCGCUCCCACGAGUCUUUGCUCAGUCCCAGUAGUGCUGUUGAGGCUCUGGAUCUCAGCAUGGAGGAAGAAGUGGUCAUCAAGCCGGUCCACAGUAGCAUCCUGGGACAAGACUAUUGCUUUGAGGUGACGACUUCAUCAGGAAGUAAGUGCUUCUCGUGUCGUUCUGCAGCAGAGCGAGAUAAAUGGAUGGAAAACCUGAGGCGUGCCGUGCACCCAAAUAAGGACAACAGCAGAAGGGUAGAGAAUAUGUUAAAGUUAUGGAUUAUUGAAGCCAAGGACCUGCCAGCUAAGAAAAAGUACUUGUGUGAAUUAUGCCUGGAUGAUGUUCUUUAUGCACGAACUACCUGUAAAUUGAAAACUGAUAAUGUAUUUUGGGGGGAGCACUUUGAAUUUAAUAACCUCCCAUCGCUCAAAAACAUAACGGUGCACUUAUACAAAGAGACUGACAAGAAGAAAAAGAAGGACAAGACCAAUUUCAUUGGACAAGUGAACAUCCCCGUCAGCUCUGUCACGGGCCGGCAGUUUGUAGAGAAAUGGUACCCGGUGGUCAGCCCCAACCCCGGUAAGGGCAAGUCCCCGGGGCCCAUGAUCCGCAUCAAGUCACGCUACCAGAGCAUGAGCAUUCUUCCCAUGGAGAUGUACAAAGAGUUUGCCGAGUACAUCACUAACAAUUACAUGGUGCUGUGCUCGGUGCUGGAGCCCUCGCUGAGCGUGAAGAACAAAGAGGAGAUGGCGUCUGCGCUGGUGCACAUCCUGCAGAGUACAGGCAAGGCCAAGGAUUUCUUGACUGACCUGAUGAUGUCUGAAGUUGAUCGCUGUGGUGAGAAUGAGCAUCUCAUUUUCAGGGAGAAUACACUGGCCACCAAAGCAAUCGAAGAAUACCUGAAGCUGGUGGGGCAGAAAUACUUGCAAGAUGCCUUAGGGGAAUUUAUCAAGGCACUGUACGAAUCGGAUGAGAAUUGUGAGGUGGAUCCCAGUAAGUGUUCAUCUUCGGACCUUCCUGAACAUCAGAGCAACCUGAAAAUGUGCUGCGAGCUGGCCUUCUGCAAAAUCAUCAACUCCUACUGCGUCUUCCCAAGGGAGCUCAAAGAAGUUUUUGCCUCAUGGAGACAAGAAUGCAGCAACCGAGGCCGCCCAGACAUCAGUGAGCGACUGAUCAGUGCCUCCCUGUUCCUCCGGUUCCUCUGCCCGGCCAUCAUGUCCCCGUCCCUCUUCAGUCUCCUGCAGGAGUACCCGGAUGACCGCACUGCACGCACUUUGACCCUCAUUGCCAAGGUCACCCAGAACCUCGCCAACUUCGCCAAGUUUGGCAGCAAAGAGGAAUACAUGUCCUUUAUGAAUCAGUUCCUGGAACAUGAAUGGACUAACAUGCAGAGAUUUCUCCUGGAGAUUUCCAAUCCCGAAACCAUCUCAAACACAGCUGGCUUCGAAGGCUACAUUGACCUGGGCCGGGAACUCUCCACUUUGCACUCACUACUCUGGGAAGUCAUUUCUCAACUGGAGCAGGGCACUGCAACAAAACUUGGGCCUCUGCCUCGGAUCCUGAGGGAUGUCAACUCGGCGCUCAGUAACCCAGCCUGCGUGCAGGUCUCAGUCACGGCCGACCACGCCGCAUCCACACCUAAUGCUGGCAACAGCAUCUCUGCCGGGCUACAGAAAAUGGUGAUAGAGAAUGACUUAUCUGGUCUGAUAGAUUUCACACGGUUACCAUCUCCAACCCCUGAAAACAAGGACUUGUUUUUUGUCACAAGGUCUGCUGGGGCCCAGCCCUCGCCUGCCCGAAGCUCCAGUUACUCAGAGGCCAAUGAGCCCGACGUGCAGAUGUCUAAUGGCAGCAAGAGUUUGUCCAUGGUGGACUUGCAGGACAAUCGGCUCUUGGACAGUGGGGCCAACGCGCCUGGCACGGCUGACUCCCUCAAUGACAGUCAGUCGUCCCUCGGGCAGUUGCAGGGCGUAUGGACCGCACGGACUCAGCAGAACAGCGUGACGGGCAUGGCCACCGUGCGCCGGGUGGGCCAGACGCCCACCACGCCGAGCGGCGAGAGCGCACCCGGCCGGCCCCAGCUCCUGGCGCCCCUCUCCUUCCAGAACCCCGUCUACCAGAUGGCCGCCGGGCUGCCGCUCUCCCCCCGCGGCCUGGGCGACUCCGGCUCCGAGUGCCACAGCUCGCUCAGCUCCCACAGCAACAGCGAGGAGCUGACGGCCAACAAGCACGGCUUCGCCGCCCCCGCCGCCAGCGAGGACUUCACCCGCCGGACGGGGGAGCUGGCCCGCCGGCAGCUCUCGCUGACGGAGAAGGGCGGCCAGCCCACCAUGCCACGGCAGAACAGCGCAGGACCGCAGAGGCGGAUAGACCAGCCGCCCCCGCCGCCCCCGCCUGUCACCCGGGGCCGGACGCCGCCCUCCCUGCUGAACACGGUUCAGUACCAGCGACCCGCCAGCGGCAGCAUGAUGUCCUCCUCGCCAGACUGGCCCGGCAGCGGGGCUCGCCUCCGGCAGCAGUCCUCCUCCUCCAAGGGCGACAGCCCUGAGAUGAAGCAGCGCACGAUGCACAAACAGGCCCCUUCUCCUGUGAACCCCAAUGCCCUGGACCGCACUGCUGCUUGGCUUUUGAAUAUGAACAUGCAGUUUUUAGAAGAUGAAAGCAUUGACCCAGAUUCCAAGCACAGGGAUAAGCUCAGGAAUAAGGACGAGCUCAGCCAAGCAGAAAAGUACCAACAGGACCUAGUGGUGCUGCAGGACAAGCUUCGCAUCUCCAACAAGAAGCUGGAGGAGUAUGAGACUCGCUUCAAGUGCCAGGAGGAGACAACGCAGAAGCUGAUGCUGGAGUACCAGGCCAGGCUGGAGGAGAGCGAGGAGCGGCUCCGGAGACAGCAGGAGGAUAAGGAGAUCCAGAUGAAGGGCAUCAUCAGCAGACUGAUGUCAGUUGAGGAGGAAUUAAAGAAGGACCACGCAGAAAUGCAGGCUGCCGUGGAUUCCAAGCAGAAGAUUAUCGAUGCACAGGAGAAACGCAUUGCUUCAUUGGAUGCUGCCAACGCACGGUUAAUGAGUGCCCUUACUCAGCUGAAAGAGAGGUACAGCAUGCAGACACGUAAUGGGAUCUCCCCCACAAACCCAACUAAAUUGCAGAUUACAGAGAAUGGAGAAUUCAGAAACAGCAGUAAUUGUUAACGCGUGGAGGGCGCUGCCGCAGGAGAGGAGGCCUGGCCAGAGAGACCGUGCAGCAGCAGGUGUGAGCCGCGGCUUCAAAGAACGGCUGCUCUCUCCCCCCAGAGAAACCAGCUCCUUACUGCGGACGGCGCGCUUGACUGAGCCUUUGUGGGAGAUGCUAAUGCCAGCACAUUGAGGGGACGGAAAGAUCGAGUGUGAGAUGAGUGGCAUAAGGAAAAAUAACAUAUAUUUGAGAAUCGCUGUCACUGUCGGAUUUAAAUCAGUGUUUAAUGUUUAAACAGAAGUAACCUUUUCCUUCUAAACUGCCCAAAGGAUAUGCCUCACCCCUCCCAGCAAGGAAUAACGUCCUUGUCGUUGCAGUAAGCGAAAUAAAGGGAGCUGGGCAGAGCCUGCAGCAGGCAGUGGCCCAGUGAGUCCAGUUAAAGCGUGCUGCUGGGUGUAGCCCUACGAGGGAUGGCAGCAAAGCUUGGCCCGCGCCUCCUGUGACUCCCCCUGGAGCACAGCCCUCUCCCAAAGCAAACCCCGAGCCCAGCCCAGCCGUCUUUCCUUUGGGAGGCCACUGACUUUUUUUACAGCGGGUGACUGUCCACGGGGCAUUUACACAGCUAAUUAGUGUUUAAUUAAUUAACUCCACCCAUAUAGGGAGCACAGUCCAGAUGAAGGGUCAGGGUGCACGCCGUGCCGUGUGGUAGCCGAAGGGGUGCUGCGUGGGGAACCGCAGCGGCAGGGCAGAGGAGAAGGGCACAACGGGUUCUGCCGAGGCUCCUGGGGGUGCCGGGCAGCCCGGGGGGAGCAGAGCAAGGCCAAGGCUCUGGCACGCGAGUGGAGAGAGGAGCUGGCACCUGGUGACUGGGACUUGAUUCCUCUCUGCAGAUCCUGCUCUCACAAAUAAGGGGAAGAGUCUCUGUAAGCAAUAGCCCCUGGGCGCUGUCCCCCCACGCAUACUUUUAGCCACUCAAUAAAGUAACCGUUGCCUGAGCUUGGUCCCCGAGCUGUGAAUGAGGUGCAGGGGCUGGAUUUCCUGGUGCCCGUUGUGGUAGAGGGGGAGCGAGGGGCUACGUGAAAUGGCCAGCUUCUUGCUUGACCAAGGGUUCGUUAUGGGGAUGUAAUGCUCUGUGCAGAGAUUUUUACUAUUUCUGGGGAGAAAAACAGACAAAGAAACAAGAAAAAGCCCUGAAGAACCAUGAAGAUCGGUAAUUGUAUUUCUUUUCUUUCACAGUAUGCAUUAGAAAAAAAAAGAUCCCAUUUUCUGGAAUACUGUCCUCUUUAAAUUGGGAAUGAGCACUGCAUGGAAAUUAACCGGCUCGAAGAAUGUAAAACAUGGUCAUAAGGGAGUAACCAACAAGAACAGCAGCCACCACCGAAAGCCCCCUUGUCAGGAGCACUGUGCAGGCAUAAGCCAGGAUUAGACUUUCCUAACUGCUGAAACACGCAGAUUUGGCACAUUCAGACACGUUGUGCUCAGCGGAGGGGUCACCUCCUUAACGGGGGAUUGUGCCGGUGACCUGCCGCCACGGUGUGUUUGUUGGUUUGUGGUUUGUUUUGUUUUUUUUUUUAAGUUAGUACUUCAUGACUCCCACUCUCAGAGCAGGUCACUCGUACCGAGAGCCAGAGAGAUUUCUCUGAGAUACGGAUGACAGUGUACAGUGUACAGGACAUCUGCCUAUUCCUCCCACUAAAGUUUAAUACACUGCUCAACGCCUGUCCUAGCUCCUCCUGCCAUGUGUAAAUGUACAGUCAAAGGGACUAGGCUGUUCCUUGAGCUCUGCACAGCUUAGGUACCGUCUCCAGCCUCACACUGCCCAGGCUGCCUGAGCAGGACACUGUUUGCCAGUAAGCUCUGCGUUGCCAUGCUGCCCCGCUGCCGUAAGGCUCAUUAACAGCAUUCUUCCACAUGCAAUUGUUUUCAAAAUUAAAGAGGCUUUUUUUUUUCUUUUUUUCCUAAACGUUUUUCUGUCCCCUGGAAGCCCUGGGCCAAGCCCGGUGCGGCUUGGUCCUUGGAGGAGCAAACGUGAUGCACUGAGGUCUCCACACCCCGCCAACGCCUGCAGAGUGGUGCAAUCACACAGCAGACCCCAAACGGAGCUCCUCAGAGAAAAGUAAUAACUAAGUAUUUGUGACAAGUACAGUCACCUUUGAAUUUUGGAGACUAGCACAGAUGGCUUUGAAGAACCUCACAAAACUGACACGGUUACAACUGGAGAAAGACCCAGACAGGUUAGGAAUACACAGGGUACUGUGAACCGUUGGGUACGUACACUUACAUCUGCCUUUGCCUCAGAGUCAAACACAUUAUAAGAACCCUGCAAAAAGACUAUUUUAAACUGUUGUUGCCCUGAGAUGUAUGUUUAGAGCUGAUACUGUUUUUGAGUUCCAAAAUAUUUGUGUUGCGAGAGACGGAAGGUUUUCAAGAGAGAAGUGGCGUAGAGGAAUGGAAACGCUAGCAGGGCACGGGGGCGAGCGCCCACCAGCAACGUUUCCAUUCGUACAUGGGAGUAAUUUUGGGAUGCAGUCAGUGCUCUCCGUAAGCGCUGGAAAAAAGAAACACCCACAAAACAAUUGUUUAGUGCCGAAGCUAAGCACAGUACAUCUUAAUCUUCUGCUCAACCACAAGCCAAGGCACUGCUCCUCCCUGCCCUGAUCUGUCAGAAACUCCUGCUUAACCUCAAACUUGCAAAUUACUGAACACACAUUGUUCUGCUGAAAUAGCAGGAACGCUUAAAUCCUUCCACAGCGAGUUACUAAAACCUUAGAAGUUCCAGUGCCAACACCUUCUGGAGUUGUUGCUUAGUUUCCUGAGCCAGUACGAAAAGAAAUUCAAAUCAGAACGAAGUCUCGUUACAGUAGAGAUUUCCCCCCCCACCCCCGCCUUUUCCCAGCUGCUUCCCCACAACUGCCAACAACUGGACCUAAACGUGACCCCCCCUCCCCGCAAAGGUCUGGGGGCAGUUUUUAAGAUCCAGGCUCAGUUCAGUUCUGUUGCUUCAGUUUGUGUUUCUGUUAUUUAUAAACUGUACAUUGAUCUCUAUGUGUGUGCGUGUGCACGUGUGUGCACACGCGUGUGCAAGGGAGCCAGCGAGAGCCCCGCAUGGCCAGGAUACCCGAUGCGGCCUCGGACCUGGUAUCUGGCGUAGCAAUACCAGAGGCAAUCCCCAGAGGUGCUCAGCACCAGAGCAAAGCAACCACUAUCCGUAACGUUUUGUGAUCGGCUCCAUUUUCUUUUUCGUUCUUGCGCUUUCUACAGUAAGAGGCUGUUCUAGUGCAAAUGCGUCAAAGUGUAAACAAAAUGAAAACACACUCAGAUUUUUAUCCUAAUACAAGUCUUAAUAUUUUUUUGUAAAUGUUUUCAGUGUUUACUGUAACGUAUCUAUCUCACUAACAGUUGUAUAUAGUAACUUACUUCUGGUGCUGCUUAUUCGGUCAGGAUUUGGCUGUAUCUCACUGCUGUUUUGGAGAGGUGGACUCAAAUGAGCAAAUCUGGAUCCGGACACAGGUUUUGAUUUCAGCCUUCUCCCUUUGGGGAUCUGAGGGAAGGGGGAGCAGCCGGGGAUCCAGAUUUGGGGUUGGUCCACCUCAAGGAUUCUGUUUUAAGAGUUUUGAUUUGGGGUUUUGUUAAACUGUAGUGAACACUUCUGAAAAAUGAGCAAAGUUUUGUGUGAAGGGGGGGUGUGAAAUGGACUGAAGAGUAUCCCAAGGUCUCUGCAGACUGUAAGUAUCAUCAUUUUGGACAGGGAUUAUGGCUUCAGUGCCAAAAGAUGGGAGGGACCGAGUCCUUCCCCAUGCCAACUAAUACUACAGUGUAGUCACCAGCCCCUCUGCACCAGUUUAAGCAAAUCCUGCCGCCAUCCAAAGAGUCCUGUGUCACUCUGCAUUGUCAUUUGAGUCUGGUUGGUUUUGUUUUCUGCUUUUGCAGUUGUAAAGCACUGAUUGCACUGUGAGAACACGCUGAAGCCUCUGGCCUGGCAGCCAGCCCCGUAGGUUGCUGCAGGGUGCAGGACACAGGUUCUGCUACUACAACUAUUCCUAAAGGGAGAAGGGACUCGGUGGACCCGAGCUAGGCAUCACAGGCUCUCCUAGGAAAGCAAUCAGCAAGUAAUCAAUCAUUUCCAAAGUUUAGAGCGCUCAUAGGCUUUGCCCUGUUACUGAUGUCCAUAUCCAGAUGCAAUAGAAAACAUCCCGAGGUCUGGUCUGUGUGGGACAAGGAGAGGAUGUGUAGUCGCAGGAGAUGGAAAAUGCACCGAUGCACUCAGCCAGGAGAGCCCCAAGGCAUGGCUCGUAGUAGCUCUGGUCGGUGAGGGGCUCGUUUCCCCCAGCGGUCCCAGGGCAGGGUAGCAGCCCCUGGGAGACGCUUUCUGACAGCAGCACCUUGGGCCAGCUGUGCCCCCGCAGCCCCACCACGGUCGCUGCCCUGUCUGUCACGCGGCUGGGCCUGGCGACGGGCAGCAGAAAGGCUAAAGGGAACGACUGUGACACCGUCCCCAGGGUGGGCGGGAGGGUCCUGUGCAGCAUUCCCUCUGUUCCGCCCGCAGCGGCUCUUGGGGUUAACCUCUUCCCCAAAGGUUCGGAGCAAUCCCAGCUUCCACCCCGCGUCAGAGGCCACGGCCUCAUGGCCACCGGGAGAUCCCUUGACUGGCCGCAGGAAGGGGCAGUGCCCGUCUCCAAGUGGGUCUCUGACUCUUCAGGGCCAUUUUGGAGGAGGCUGCUUGGCCGCAGGGUUUGGACGUGUGGCACUGCCCUGCCCGAGACCCGCCAAGCCCCGCUCCCCCCGUGCGCGGGUCCCUGCUACCUUUUUCUUUUCCCUUGGGGAAAAUGACACACGGAGGGGAGAGGAAGGAGGACAGCAGCAUGCUAACAUGCAGCUCGCGCGCUUUACAAACCAAAUCCAGUCCUGAGGGCGUUGCACAACGUUCAGAAACGACCACGCUUUCAAAAAAGGGCGUCAUGUUCGAGCGUCGACUUGCACAGAUCCCCUGAGCUGUGCCAUUGCUGUAAAUGCCAUGUGGUUCUGCAUCAGCUACCAGUACCCAGCGUGCAGUCUCCAUGUUCACAUAUUCCUUUAUCAUACAUCACUGUGUCUUAAGAUAUACCUCUCUCUGUAUAUCUGCUUAGGCUGAUACUUGUUCCUGAUAAGCAGUCGCUAUGUUUUAUAUCCUCUUAUAAAGAAAAAUUUUUUUUGUAAGUAUGUUUAAAAACAAAAAAAAAGAGCAAAGUGGAAGUGUUUGCUGAAUCUCCUUCAGCUCCUUUUAAACUAUGUAAUAAUGUACAGAGAAAGUUGUUGGUGUUCAAAGAAAUGAUGUGGCCGUGCAAUUUAUGUACAUUUGCAAUUAGAAAUAUUAAAGAUUUA